CAAUCAGCGUCAAGCGGAGGGAGGAGAAAAGAAGAAGAAGAAGAAGAAGAAGAAAAAAAACCGUCUGAAGCCGCGGUGAAAGAGAGGGAGGAAGCGAGUCCUCUAGUUCUGUCUGAACUCUCUGCAAGCUGCUGUCGGCUGGGGAAGAAAAUAAGUCAGACAAAAAGAUUGCUGUUGACCAUCUUCCGAAAGGCGUUCUGCACUUAAAAAGCAGCUACCAUGUCGGAAGCAGACAAGUUCCUGUAUGUGGACCGCAAUCUGGUCAACAACCCACUGGCGCAGGCUGAUUGGGCCUCCAAAAAGCUUGUAUGGGUCCCUUCAGAGCGCCUUGGCUUCGAAGCUGGUUCCAUCAGGGACGAGCGUGGCGAUGAGUGUGUGGUGGAGCUGGCAGACUCUGGCAAGAAGGUAAUUGUGAACAAGGAUGACAUCCAGAAGAUGAACCCACCCAAGUUCAGCAAGGUUGAAGACAUGGCUGAGCUCACCUGUCUGAAUGAAGCCUCUGUGCUGCACAACCUGAAGGAGAGAUACUACUCUGGGCUCAUAUAUACAUACUCUGGCCUCUUCUGCGUUGUGAUAAAUCCCUACAAGAACCUGCCAAUCUACUCUGAAGAGAUUGUUGAGAUGUACAAAGGCAAGAAGAGACAUGAAAUGCCACCCCAUAUUUAUGCCAUCACUGACACAGCUUACAGAAGCAUGAUGCAGGAUCGUGAAGACCAGUCAAUUCUCUGCACUGGAGAAUCUGGUGCUGGUAAGACUGAGAACACGAAGAAGGUUAUCCAGUAUCUGGCACAUGUGGCCUCCUCUCACAAGACUAAGAAAGAUCAGAACAGUUCGACCCUGUCACAUGGGGAGCUAGAGAAGCAACUACUGCAGGCUAACCCCAUCCUAGAAGCCUUUGGGAAUGCCAAGACAGUAAAAAAUGACAACUCUUCCAGAUUUGGAAAGUUUAUCAGGAUAAACUUUGACGUCAACGGUUACAUUGUUGGUGCCAAUAUUGAAACAUACUUGCUAGAGAAGUCCCGUGCUAUCCGUCAGGCCAAAGAUGAGAGGACCUUUCACAUGUUCUAUUACUUGCUGACAGGAGCUGGAGAUAAACUGCACAGUGAUCUCCUUCUGGAAAACUACAACAAUUACCGUUUCCUGUCCAAUGGUAAUGUCACAAUCCCUGGGCAGCAAGACAAGGACAUGUUUACAGAGACCAUGGAGGCAAUGCGGAUCAUGGGUAUCCCAAAUGAAGAGCAGAUGGGAAUGCUGAAGGUGGUAUCCUCUGUGCUUCAGCUUGGAAACAUGAGCUUCAAGAAGGAACGCCACACAGACCAGGCGUCUAUGCCAGAUAAUACAGCUGCUCAAAAGGUGUGCCAUCUUAUGGGAAUGAACGUGACAGACUUCACCAAGGCCAUUCUGUCACCCAGAAUCAAGGUCGGCAGAGACUAUGUUCAAAAGGCUCAGACCCAAGAACAAGCUGAGUUUGCUGUUGAAGCCCUAGCCAAAGCUACAUAUGAAAGAAUGUUCCGUUGGCUGGUCAUGAGGAUUAACAAAGCCCUUGACAAGACCAAGAGACAGGGAGCUUCUUUCAUUGGCAUCCUGGAUAUUGCAGGCUUUGAGAUUUUUGAGCUCAACUCUUUUGAGCAGCUGUGUAUUAACUACACCAAUGAAAAACUGCAGCAGCUCUUCAACCACACCAUGUUCAUCCUGGAGCAGGAGGAGUACCAGAGGGAGGGCAUUGAGUGGAGCUUCAUUGACUUUGGUCUUGACUUGCAGCCCUGCAUUGACCUCAUCGAGAAACCUGCUGGUCCUCCUGGUAUUCUUGCACUGCUGGAUGAGGAGUGCUGGUUUCCUAAAGCCACAGACAAAAGCUUUGUGGAAAAGGUCCUCCAAGAACAGGGCAACCAUGCAAAGUUCCUCAAGCCCAAGAAACUAAAAGAUGAGGCAGACUUCUGUAUCAUCCAUUAUGCUGGCAAGGUAGACUACAAGGCAGAUGAGUGGCUGAUGAAGAACAUGGACCCGUUAAACGAUAAUGUGGCUACACUGCUUAAUCAGUCCACUGACAAGUUUGUUUCUGAGCUCUGGAAGGAUGUGGACCGCAUUGUGGGUCUGGAUAAGGUCGCUGGUAUGUCCGAGAUGCCUGGUGCAUUUAAGACCCGCAAGGGCAUGUUCCGAACAGUGGGCCAGCUGUACAAAGAGCAGCUGUCCAAGCUCAUGGCCACACUGAGGAACACAAACCCCAACUUUGUUCGCUGCAUCAUCCCGAAUCAUGAGAAAAAGGCUGGUAAACUUGACCCUCAUCUGGUUCUGGACCAGCUGCGAUGCAAUGGUGUUCUUGAAGGUAUCCGUAUUUGCAGACAAGGCUUUCCCAAUCGAAUUGUCUUCCAAGAGUUCAGACAAAGAUAUGAAAUCCUCACUCCCAAUGCCAUCCCCAAGGGUUUCAUGGAUGGAAAGCAGGCCUGUGUGCUCAUGAUCCGAAGCCUGGAGCUUGACUCCAACCUGUACCGGAUUGGCCAAAGUAAAGUUUUCUUCAGAGCAGGAGUCCUUGCGCACCUGGAAGAGGAGAGGGACAUGAAGAUCACAGACAUAAUAAUCAGCUUCCAGGCCUGGUGUAGAGGCUACAUUGCCCGCAGGGCCUUUGCCAAGCGGCAGCAGCAGCUAACUGCAAUGAAGGUGAUCCAAAGGAACUGUGCUGCGUAUCUUAAACUCAGGAACUGGCAGUGGUGGAGGCUUUUCACAAAGGUGAAGCCUCUGCUGCAGGUGAGUCGACAGGAGGAGGAAAUGCAGGCCAAAGAUGAAGAGCUCAAUAAGGUGAAGGAGAAGCAUUUGCAAGCUGAGCAGCUGCUCCAAGAAAUGGAAGAUAAACAGCACCAGCUGAGUGCUGAGAAGCUGGCUCUGCAGGAGCAGCUUCAGGCAGAAACUGAGCUUUGCGCUGAGGCUGAAGAGAUGAGAGCGCGUCUUGCUGCCAAGAAACAGGAGCUAGAAGAGAUCCUCCAUGACCUGGAAGCCCGUGUGGAGGAGGAAGAAGAGCGUGCCACUCACCUGAUGGCAGAGAAAAAGAAGAUGCAGCAGAACAUUUCAGACUUGGAGCAGCAGUUGGAUGAGGAGGAAGCUGCCAGACAGAAGCUACAGCUGGAGAAGGUUACUUUGGAGGCUAAGAUGAAGAAGAUAGAAGAUGAUGUUAUGGUUUUAGAUGACCAGAACAACAAACUCAACAAGGAGAAAAAGCUGUUGGAGGAGAGGAUCUCUGAUUUUACCACUAACCUGGCAGAAGAAGAGGAGAAAUCAAAGAGUUUACAGAAACUUAAGACCAAACAUGAGGCCAUGAUCACAGACCUGGAGGACCGCUUGCGAAGGGAGGAAAAGCAGCGACAGGAGUUGGAAAAGAAUCGGCGUAAACUGGAGGGUGAUUUCACUGAGAUACAUGACCAGAUUGCUGACCUUCAAGCUCAGAUUGCUGAACUCCGUGCACAGCUGGCCAAGAAAGAAGAAGAACUCCAGGCUGCACUGGCACGGAUUGAGGAAGAGGCAGCACAGAAGAACCUGGCCCAGAAAAAAAUCCGUGAGCUGGAAGCACAGCUCUCUGAACUACAGGAGGAUUUGGAGUUGGAGAGACAAGCUCGUGUAAAAGCAGAAAAAUACCGCAGGGACCUUGGGGAAGAGUUGGAGGCCCUGAAAACAGAAUUGGAAGACACUCUGGACUCCACAGCUGCUCAGCAGGAGCUCAGGACCAAACGUGAAACAGAAGUCGCACAACUUAGGAAAACUCUGGAUGAUGAAGCUAAACUCCAUGAACUACAGCUAGCUGAGUUAAGACAGAAACAUGGCCAAGCUUUUGAUGAACUAAAUGAGCAGCUGGAGCAGGCGAAAAGGAACAAAGUGUCCAUGGAGAAGGCUAAGCAGGCUAUGGAAUCGGAGAAAAACGAGCUGGCUAUCGAGCUGCAGGCGCUGAUGCAGAGUAAAACAGAUGUAGAUCAUCGCAGGAAGAAGGCUGAGGGUCUUGUCCAGGAGCUGCAGUUGAAACAUUCUGAGAGCGAGCGCCAGAGAGUGGAGCUGGCUGAUAAAGUGGCAAAGUUACAGACCGAACUGGAUAAUGUAAAUUUAUUGCUGAGUGAUGCGGAAGGAAAAUCUAUCAAGGCAACCAAAGAUUGCUCUGCUGUGGAGUCCCAGCUGCAGGAUGCUCAGGAAGUUCUCCAGGAAGAAACACGCCAGAAACUGGCAUUUGGCACUCGUUUGCGUCAACUGGAGGAUGAGCAGAAUAGUCUGAGGGAGCAGCUAGAAGAGGAAGAAGAAGCCAAGAGGAAUGUAGAGAAGCAGCUUAUGACUGUGCAGGCUCAGCUUGCUGAAAUGAGGAGGAAAGCAGAACAGGAGGCAAGUUUGCUGGAUAAUGCUGAAGAAGGCAAGAAGAGGGCUCAAAGAGAUGUAGAGGGACUGACCCAACGCCUAGAUGAGAAAUGUUCAGCCUUUGACAAGUUGGAAAAAACAAAGACACGUCUGCAGCAGGAGUUGGAUGACAUGCUGGUGGACCAGGACCACCUGAGACAGAUUGUGUCCAACCUGGAGAAGAAGCAGAAGAAGUUUGAUCAGAUGCUGGCAGAGGAGAAGAAUAUCUCUGCACGUUAUGCAGAAGAGCGUGACAAAGCUGAGGCUGAGGCCCGAGAGAAGGAAACCCGGGCUUUGGCUUUAACCCGCGAGCGGGAAUCCUUGAUGGACAUCAAGGAAGAAAUUGAUCGCAACAACAAACUGCUGCGAGCUGAAAUGGAAGACCUUGUAUCAUCAAAGGAUGACGUGGGCAAGAAUGUGCAUGAGCUGGAAAAGGCAAAACGAACCAUGGAUCAACAGCUGGAGGAGAUGAAGACUCAACUGGAGGAGCUGGAGGAUGAGCUGCAAGCCACAGAGGAUGCAAAACUGCGCCUGGAAGUCAACAUGCAGGCUAUGAAGGCCCAGUAUGAGAGGGACCUGGCAGGGCGUGAUGAGAUGGGAGAGGAAAAGAAGAGGGCACUAAUUAAACAGGUACGUGAGAUGGAAAUGGAGCUGGAAGAUGAGAGGAAGCAGCGUUCUGCUGCUGUGGCUGCACGCAAGAAGAUGGAGCUGGACCUGAAGGAGCUGGAGGCAGGCAUAGACAUGAGCAACAAGAACCGUGACGAGGCCCUUAAACAGCUGAAGAAACUGCAAGCCCAAAUGAAAGAUCUUUUCAGGGAGCUGGAAGACACUCGCAUGUCCAGAGAGGAGAUCCUUGCACAAAGCAAAGAAACUGAGAAGAAGUUGAAGGCCAUGGAGGCUGACAUGAUUCAACUGACUGAGGAACUUGCAGCUGCAGAUCGGGGAAAGAGGCAAUCCCAGCAGGAGAGAGAUGAACUACAGGAUGAGAUCAAUAACCAGGCUAGCAAGACUGCUCAGGCGGCGGACGAGAGGAGACGGUUAGAGGCUCGUAUUGCUCAGCUGGAGGAAGAGUUGGAGGAGGAGCAGUGCAACACUGAGCUGGUCAAUGACCGGCUGAAGAAAGCAAUGCUGCAGUGUGACCAGAUGAAUGUGGAGCUGAUUGCAGAACGCAGCACCUCACAGCGAGUUGAAGGGGCUCGUUGUCUCCUGGAACGUCAGAACAAGGAGCUCAAAUUGAAACUGCAGGAGCUGGAGGGAACGGUCAAGUCAAAGUAUAAAGCCAAUAUGUCCGCCUUGGAGGCCAAGAUCGCCCAGCUGGAGGAACAGCUGGACAUAGAGACCAGAGAGAGGCAGACGGCCUCUAAGCUUGUGAGGCGCACGGAGAAGAAACUGAAGGAAGUCAUUCUGCAGGCAGAGGAUGAGAGACGCAACACAGACCAGUACAAAGACCAGGUAGACAAGUUGAACUCUCGUACGAAGCAACUGAAGCGUCAGUUGGAGGAGGCUGAGGAAGAGGCCCAGCGAGCCAAUGCCAACCGCAGGAAGCUGCAGAGGGAGCUGGAGGAUGCCACAGAGUCAGCAGACGCCAUGAAUCGUGAAGUCACCAGCCUCAAGAGCAAGCUCAGGCGUGGUGAUCAGCCCUUCAUCACACGCCGCCUUGCAAGUCGCGGCGGCAGCGGUGGUGGCGGAGGUGCUGGCAGCAUUGAGAGCGAUGAAGAGGGAGAGCCUAAAUCUGAGGCAUCAGAGCCAAAGCAUGAAUGAGGAGCCACUGUAACCAUUCAACUCGGCAGAGGAGUGAACUCCAUCAACAGACCCAAAUACACACAAGCACAUAUUACUGUAUGCAGAGGAUCAUAAACACACUGAGGCAGUGACAUGGCUGACUUCAGUCUGGUCCACUUACUGUCUCUCCUAUCUACUUAAUGUUGACAAUCUAUUUACUCCUGAAACACUUAAUAUGCAUCCAGAAGCCAGUAAUUCAGGCAAUCACAAUGCUGACAUACAUGUUUUUGAGACCCAUUACUUUAGCUUCAUUUUUCAUUCUCUGGGAAAAUGAGUAUUUUUAUACAUGAACAUUCCAAUUAUAAUAGUCCUGAAUUAGGAUCUAUUUUUCUAAUUAAAGAAGGAAUAAAAGCAUAUAUAAAUGGAUUACUUUAAGGGGACCAAAGUAAUGUCUUAGAUUUGUAUUUUGUUUUGUUUUUUUGUCAUUGCUAAGAAUGAAAGUACUACAUGUUUGUUAUGGCUAUGGCUCACACUCACUAGAGUUUAUAAUGAAGGUAUAUAUGCUGAAAUAAUCAAUUUAGCUCCAUUAAGUGAUUAUGCUUUCACACAUUUCAUGAAACAUUCACAGGCAGACUUCAAGUAAAUACAAUUGGACUCAUGUAUAUUAAAGGCAUUUGAUUGUGACUGUGCUGAACUUACCAAUUUUACACUGAGAUGCAAAGAAGUUGAUAUAAACCACUGCAUUGGUGCAUUUAAUUAGAACAUCAUUGGAACACCAUACUUAUUAUGCCGACACAGAUUAAAGUUUUAACUGUAGCUGAUUUGUGCUGGGAAGGGUUAUAGGCUUUUUCUGGACCUGCAUUUAUUUUGAUACAUUAUUGUUAAUGUGCAGGGUAAAGCUUAAAUGGUGCAAUGGGGUAGUUUUACUCACAACACACUGUAUUCUCAGGGCACAGCUUGAUGAGGGAGGUGCAGCUGUGGCUGCUGUAAACCAAAAGCAGGUCACACACAUUACUUAGAUCUGAGCUGUCUGUAACCUAUGCAAACUAUACUGUGGAAACUGGCUGUAUCAUGUCUCUGCUGAACACUUGUGUAGCCGUACCACUGCUUUAUUUCUGGAUGAUGUAAUCCCCUCACAGGCUGUGCUCGGGUGGCUUUUGGCUCACACUGCUGGGAAGUGAGAGGAAUGUGUUUAUUAAAACUCACAAAGAAUCACUCUUUUGCACCAAGGAAAUUCAUAAAUCUUUUUCUCUGCACUUCUGGAAUUGAAAUCUAGAUGUAAAAGGUUGGUAAUAUGCAAAUAAAGAGGCUUUCUAAAU